AUGACAAAUCAAACUGCAGAACUUGAUUUGGCGCUCCGUGAGGACGAACCACCUGCCCUCACGGAUACUAGUACGCCAUUAGAAGUUACGAAGCAUGAGAGGUGGGAGCGAUCUAAUCGCCUAAGUCUCAUGUUUAUGAAGUCUCAUGUAAGUAAGGGCAUUAGGGGUUCUAUCCCUGAAUGCAAAAAGGCAACAAAGUUCAUGCGAGCUGUUGAGGAACAAUUUGUAAGUUCCGAUAAGGCAUUAUCAAGCACCCUAAUGAAGAAACUCUCAAGCAAAACCUUUGACAGAUCCAGAAGUGUGCGAGAGCACAUUAUGGAAAUGAGGGACAUGGCAGCUCAACUGAAGUCCCUAGAGAUUGAUAUUUCUGAUUCCUUCUUAGUUCAUUUCAUCUUGAACUCACUCCCGACUGAGUACUCUCCUUUUAAGAUAUCCUAUAACACACAUAAGGAUAAAUGGUCAGUAAAUGAACUUCUGACCAUGUGUAUUCAGGAGGAGGAAAGGCUAAAGCAGGAGAAACCACAGAGUGUUCACUUUGUGGUUACUCAUGAUAAGGGAAAGAGGUUUUCUCAACAAAAGGGAACUGGCAAGCAAUGA